AUGGAUUUACACAAGAUGGCACAGAUGCUUCAUAUAAGGAAUAAAGAGACGAAAAUCCCAAAGGAAUCAGUGAGAUGUUCCCGUACAGUUCCCAACAUCAGAUCUUCUUUACUUGAAGGCAAAACGCCAGCUUUACUCAACAACUUUUCAAUUUGUGACCAGACUAAGUUGUUUGUUUCAAAUCGUGACAGUGGUUUAACUGAAAGCAACCAUGAUGGUUGCCCUGAUGGCUCUAACAAAAAAGUAAUUAACUCAAAUAUGAAUGGAGGAGAACUAAAAGGGAAUUUGGAAACAAAGUUUGGUGCUGGUAACUUGCUGUCAUCUUCUGCAAAGGAAAUGCAACCUGUAUCUGGCUUUGGCUUGAUUCAUGGAAAACAGAGAGGUUUACAGAGCGCUCCUGUCUUGAACAGUGAUCCACUAAACCUUUCACAUCUGCCAGCUUGCCAUUUUUGUGGACUGUUGGGAUCUUUGAGAUGUACACAGUGUAAGCAGAUUUAUUAUUGUUCUCUCGAUUGUCAGCAGAAAGACUGGCAAAUGCAUAGCAUUGUCUGCAAGCCAGCCAAACUGAAUACAGAUAAUGUUGAAGACAAUGCAAAAACGUUUGAUGAAACCAAGAAAAAGGAAAACAUGCUGUCUACAAACACUAACAAAAUAAAAGAACAGGAUGAGAAAAGAGAAGAGCAGGCUAACAGAGUAAUGUUUUCUGAUCUGAAUACGUUGGGGGUCAAAAAAAGUAUGAAAAUAGAGGGCACAAUAACGGAGUUCCAUAAUCCUGAUGAAUUCUUUGUACUAGUCAACUCAUCAGAAGUUCUAAGUAAUAUUACCAAACUUAUUGUGAAGCUGAAAGAUUACAGUGGGGUGAAUCAAGAUGAGUAUGUUCCUGUCAGAGGAGAAGUUGGUGUUGCAAAAUAUUCUGUUGAUCAGAACUGGUACAGAGCUCUUAUAGAAGAGGUAGAUAUCAUUAAGAAGAAUGCUUGGGUGCUAUAUAUUGACUACGGAAACAGAGAAAAUGUUCCACUGAACAAAAUUAAACAGUUGCAUAAAGAGAUUUCUCAUGUUCCUCCCUGUGCCAUUAAGUGUUGCGUUGCUAAUGUCCUUCUAGCAAAACAAGGGUGGAAUGCAAACUACCAUAAUGCUAUUGCUCCAGUUCUCACAGGAAAGUACUGUUUAUUGACUAUUGUCGAUGUUUUGGUGGGUGAGAUGAUGCCAUACUUUGCUGUAGAUGCUGUCUUGCCAGAUUGUGGUAAACAUUUACAUGAAAUACUCAUGGAAAUGGGACAUGUUUGGAAUUCAAAGGGUAUGAAUAUCAAGGAAGAAAACUCAGCUACUGGUUCUACUAUGGAAAAGAAUCCCAUACAAGCAAAGAAAGAUGAGUGUAAAGGACUGGAUCAUAGAAGCUAUCAAACUCUAAAGGUUAUCUCAUUAUCUAUAGGAGAUGUAUUUUUGGGUGUGGUUGCCCAUAUACAAACACCAGGAGAUUUUUUCUGUCAGCAAAUGGGGAAUGGCUGCAAACUUUCUGAACUUCAAAUUUCCCUGCAUGAAUACUGUGGCAAAGUCUCUGCUACUCCAGAUUUCUGUCCAGCAAUAGGAGACAUGUGCUGUGCCCAGUUUACAGAAGACAAUCAGUGGUACCGUGCAUCAGUUUUAGCAUACAUUUCUGAUAAAACUGCUCUGGUGGGCUAUGUAGACUAUGGAAACGUUGAAGUCCUUCAUUUAAGUAAACUUCGACCAAUCAUUCCAGAAUUAGUGGAACUACCAGUGCAAGCUAUAAAGUGUACCCUUGCAGGUGUGAAGCCAACGUCUGGAACCUGGUCCACAGAAGCAACAUCUGUUAUGAAGCAGCUGAUGCAAAACAAAGUGGCCACCAUAAAAAUAAUGGAUAAGAAGGAGAACACUUUUGUGGUAGAAAUUUCAGAUGAAUCAGUGAGUCCAAUAAGAAAUGUGUCUGAAUAUCUUGUAAAAUCAGGCUGUGCAGUGGAAGAAACCACGACUGGCUUGACAGGGCUUGACACAUGCAUUGGAACACCGCAGAAAGAAAAUGAUCAAAAACUAGAGAGAGUUGAUUGGUCUUGGGUCACAUUAACAGCUGAACAAGUGGUAAAUGUUACAGUGUGUGUGCUGUACAACCCCAGUGAAUUCUAUUGCCACUUGUUAAACAAUGACGACUUGAAUGCUCUAAAAGAGCUCAAUGCAUCUUUAACAGAAUUCUGCAAGAAAAUUGCGCCUAAUGUUUCUAAAUUAACAGUGGGGGAGUUGUGCUGUGCUUAUUUCUCUGGUGAUGGUAGAUGGUAUCGUGCCUUGGUAAAAGAUGCCACUUCAUUUGAAGCCUUUAAAGUUCAGUUUGUGGAUUAUGGAAACUGUCAAGAGGUGACUCUGGAUAAAGUCAGACAGCUUUCGUCUUCAUUUUUGAAACUGCCAUUUCAAGCAAUCAGAUGUAGGCUAUCAGGGGUAAGGCCGAUUAAUGAGGAAUGGACCCCAGAAGCUACAGCCUCACUCCAGAUGUUAACAGCUGGAAAGACGCUUCAGGCCAGAGUCAUUUCAUUAACUGAAAAUGGUGCUGAAGUAGAGCUUAUUGACAAUUCCAGUAGCAGUCCCGUAAUGAUCAGUGACAUUUUAAUUCAUGAAAAAUUGGGUUUGAAAAAGGAAAUAUUGUCAGAUCAGAAAAUGCCACCAAAUGAAUUGGCAGCCAAUCACUUCCAAGAAAUGUCUACAUGCAUACAAUGGACAUCAACAGAACUUCCGGUUGAUAAAACUGUGAAUGUCCGUGCAUUACACGUGAUACAUCCUGGUUUAUUCUAUGUUGUACCAAUAAAAGUCAAAGGUAAGGAUAAAAAGAAAUUCCAUAAGCUAAUGACUGAACUCACAGACUACUGCAACUCUCAGAAGGAUAGUACCUUCAAACCAAAAGUUGGUGAACUCUGUUGUGCCAAGUUCUCAGGUGAUAACAACUGGUAUCGUGCUGUUGUUCUGGAAAAUCGUGUGUCAAAAGCGAAAGUGGCAUAUGCAGACUAUGGAAAUGUGGAAAUUUUACCAUGUUCUAGACUGCUACCUAUAAUUGCUCCCUACUUGGAACUACCUGUUCAGAUACUUAAAUGUUCCCUAGCAGGAAUUACAUCAUUGGAUGGAAAGUGGUCCUUGUCAGCAACCCAGAAGGUGAAAUGUCUCUUACUGAACGAGGCUGUAACAAUUACAGUGAAAAGAGUUGAUGGAGACAUUCAUGCUGUCACUGCCAAAAUAAAUGGUGACAGAGGUAUUCUGGAUGUAGCUGACCAGCUAGUAACUGAAAGCAUGGCAAAAUAUUGCAGCAGUGGGAAUCAAUGUUCAAAGCAGUCUCCUUGCUGCUGUACAGAGUUGAGAAAGCAGGUUGUAAAGCUUGAACAGAUUAUCAACUUUCUCCUAAAAGACCGCUUUGGAGAAGAUAAGCUUCCUGAAAUUAUAAAGUCUUUAGAAGAAUAA